AUGCCCGUGUUCCCUUCCCCCACCUGUCUCCCUGGCAUGGUUAUCGACACCAACCAGCCCCACACCAUUCAGACCUUUGUCGACACCCUGGACCACCGAUGGCAGCAGAUGUUGAUGUUCUCGAGGAUGGGCGGCAUCAACAAGGUCGUGUUUGAUCAGGAGUGGCUCAAGGAGCAGAAUGAACUUGGACCUAUUAUUCAGGCAAUCUCUCACCCCAACCCCUACCCCGAUAUCCAGUGGAGACCCUUUGUGGCUAGUAUCUUGCUACAGCGCGGCAACAUCUUCUCCUCCGACUUCGUCACGGAUCCCACGCAGAUGAACUUCGGUCACCUCACGAAGGCACCACCGGUCCAAAAUAUCGGCGUGGACUGGUGGAAAAACGUCCCAUUCUCAGCCGCUCAAGACGUCGCGAUGGGCAGCGCCGAAACAGAUGCUCCCUCGGCUCAGCCCGUCGAGCCCGUUGCCCCACCCACGUCGGCGUCAACAAGCGGACAGUCCAAGGCCGCCAAGAAGCCUGCCGACAUUGUUAUCGACGACGACGUCCCUGCCAAGCCAUCAAGGCAGAAGAAGGCUACACCCAGGGAUUCCGACGCCGACGGUGAAGGUGACGCCGACGGCCCCAGCGCAAAGAAGAAGGCCAAGCCAUCUGGGAUGUCAAAGGCGGCGGCGGAGAAGUCGAAGGAGACAACAAAGGGGAAGGAAACUGCGAAGAGCAAGGCAGCGGGGAAGACGGCAGCGGGGAAGAAGGGGAAGGCGUCUCAGGCAGCGGCUGAGGCAGAGGAGGAAGAAGAAGCUGAGGAAGAGGUGGUUGUCGAGCAGGACGAUGACGCCGCCGCGGCGGCAAAGGGCAAGAAGACUGCCAAAACGAAGGCGCCAAAGAAGGGCACCAAGGGCGCCAACCAGCCUGUCAAGGCGGGCAGCACGGCCAAGCCAGCUGCUCUCCCUGUUACUGGCCAGAACACUUGGAAGGCGCCGUCCACUGAUGCGGGCGGCGCAUCUGUGGGCGAAGGCACCAGUGUUCCUGCUGAGGUUAACCUUGGUGCGUACGCCAAGCCAUUUCCCCGGGGCACGCCGGUUCUGCCUCACAUGCUUGUCGCACGCCGCUCACUCUCCCCUACAGACUUGCUGUUCGCCGAUGUCGAUGUGCCCGCUAACGUCGGCGACAUGCGCCCUUAUCUUGAGCGGCAGAAGCAGUUUGCCAAGGAGAUCGUCAAGCAUUCCUUCUCGUCUCAUACUCGCUACGAGGGCCGCUUGGAGGCCCAGGAUCUUCGGCUAGAGGCCCAUAUGAAGGCGGUCAAUGGCCGCAUUGACGACUUCAUGAAGCGAAUGGAGGCGCAAGUCAAUAACCUCGUGAAGGUGGAGAAGAGCAACCAGGCGCUCCUGAAGAAGAUCUUGAAGCAAGAGGGCAAGUCGGCGUCAGGAUCGCCUUCGGCGUCCACUGCGUCGAAGGGCCUUCUCGCUGAGAACAAGGACGAGAACCAGUAUCGUCUGGAUACUGUUCGGUUGGAGGAAGGCGGCGGGAAGGCGUGGACGUUGACGCCGCCAAAGAGGGCAGGCUCAGCGAGUGAGCUGCCUGCAGAAAGCCCCCCACGCCAGUCCCCUUCAUUCGUUCAAAUGGAUGAAGGCGCCGACAACGACGAGGACGCCGCCACCGAGCGCAUCGCUCCCAGCUCGCCUGCCAACGAUGAGGAGGAUGGGGAGGAGGAAUAG